GUUACAGAUGAAUAGGAGAUAUUGCAGCCAAAAUCAAUAAAAUGCAUCAGUGCACAUAUAUUGUUGUUAGCGCAUCGUCAUUAAACGUACCUAUAACCUAACCAGUGAAAGGCUCCACUGAAUUGAAAAGAUAAGAUUUUGCAAUUAGCCGCCGUUAGAUCUUUCGCACGUUUAUGAAUAAACCUAAGACUAAGGACACGCCACCCGCUUACCGCUCAGGCGAAUGUAGUUGAACGCGCGCUCACGGUGAAACAGCACUUGCCAGAGUUAUGCGACUGUUAUAGUGCCUCAGUGAACUCGGUUUAAACUCAGUGACGAUGGCCUCUCAGUGGUUUCCACCCGACAUAAGCCAAAUAUGUGCUGAAGCAACGGCACCGCUUACCCAAUGUUCCCAAACAGGGUUCCUCUAUUUGACCCUUCUUGCACAACUGUUCGGACGCUCAAUAGAUGACGACGCUUACCCUAGAAGAAACCCAUACUUGAAUGCUCCUAGCUCGAUCGGGUCAAGUUUUGAAACAAGUUUUCUACAGCCGUUGCAAGUUCCAUUAGGACCGACACCUUUAAAAUUAAACCCGGAAAUUAACGCGCGUCCCUUAGGCCCUCUCUUGCCAAGCUCCACAAUCAAUCAAUACAAAUCACCGAAUGGUAAAAGUUAUCUCAUGCAAACGUUCUAUUUGAAACCGGAUAAACAGGAGCCUAAAUUCGAAUUCGGGAGGAAAUUCGAGCAUCCGUAUUCGAAGUUUGAUAAACCGUUUGAGUUCGGAUUUAAUGAAAACAGAUAUUUUGAUCCGGAUAUAGCUGACUCUAAGAAAAUACCGGUGGCUGUAGAGAAGAAAACGAUGAAACGCAGAAAAAAAAGACAGGCGCCAGAAGAAUAUGACUUCAUCAUAGUCGGUGCCGGAUCGGCGGGGUGUGUUCUCGCAAAUCGUUUAUCUGAAGUUAAGAAGUGGAAGAUACUCCUUCUAGAAGCGGGUCCCGAGGAACCAGAGGUAGCUAGCGUGCCUGCGCUGGCGCCGGUUUUAGCUGCGUCCAGUAUUGACUGGGGCUACCGAACGCAACCGGAAGAGUUGACUUGCCUGGCUCAAAGAGGUCGCACUUGUGCUUGGACUAGUGGUAGAGUGAUGGGUGGUUCGAGCGCAAUUAACUAUUUAGUAUACAUGAGAGGCAACAGAAAGGACUACGAUGGAUGGGCAGCUUUAGGAAAUAUUGGCUGGAGCUACAAAGAAGUACUUCCGUUCUUCAAAAAAUCUGAAAGCAAUCAAGAUAUAGAAGCCAAAGACAAGACAUAUCAUGGUGUAGAUGGACCUUUGAACGUUGAACGAUUUACUUUCGUGGACCCAAAUGCUGCAAUGCUUGUAAAAGCGUUUCACGAAACUGGACUGCCUUUAGUUGAUUUUAAUGGUCAAGGACAGAUAGGCACAAUGAUAAUCCAGACAACAUCGCGAGAUGGGAAAAGAGUAUCAACAAAUAAAGCUUUUAUAAGACCAAUAAGAAAUUAUCGACGAAACCUGACAGUUAAAGCGAAUGCUCAAGUUACUCGAGUUCUCAUAGAACCUGCAAGAAAAAUUGCCUACGGCGUGAAUUACAUUGAAAAUAAUACAUGGAAAACAGCUCACGCUACAAAAGAGGUUAUACUGAGCGCAGGCGCAUUAAAUUCUCCUAAAAUUUUAAUGCUUUCGGGAAUUGGACCACUUGACGAAUUAAAAUUUCUAAAAAUACCAAUUAUCAAGAACUUAAAAGUGGGAUAUAACUUGCAAGACCACGUAACUACUAAUGCCAUGUUGAUGGAGCUCACGAGUGCAACCUCAACGCUGGUAAGCGGUACGAAACUGAUAAAAGAAAUAAAUAAUUAUAACAGUUCAUACCACAAAAAUGGACCAUUAGCAGCUACUGGGCCUCUACAUGUAACUGCUUUUAUUCAAACUAAAUAUGCAACAGGAGAUAAAACAGUCCCUGAUAUACAGUUCCACUUUGAUGGUAGACAUAAAGAAGAAUUUUAUUCAGACCCGACUACUUACCUAGAAACAAAUACUUUACCCUUGGCUUUCUAUGAUAGUAUCAAUGUUAGACCAAUACUUCUAUCACCCAAAAGUAGAGGUUACCUGACGUUGAACAAGACACAUCCUGUAUUCGGUCAACCGUUAAUAUAUCCAAGGUUCUUCACUGAAGAAGAAGAUUUGAAAACAUUAGUAGCAGCAUUAAGGUUUGCCGUACAACUAGAGGAAACAGCACCAUUCAGAGACUCCGGUACUAAAUUCAUAAGAAAACCAGUGUUAGCGUGCAAUGAGUUCAAUUGGGGGACUGAUGAUUAUUUUUCUUGUUUAUUUACAAGAUAUACUGGAACUAUUUAUCACCCUGCGGGAACAUGCAAAAUGGGCCCAAGUUACGAUGAAUAUGCAGUAGUUGAUCCGAGACUAAGAGUGUAUGGAGUAAAACAUUUAAGAGUGGCUGAUGCAUCAAUAAUGCCCAAUAUAGUUCGCGGAAACACAAACGCUCCUGUAAUUAUGAUUGGAGAAAAAGCUGCGGAAAUGAUCAAAGACGAAUGGAGAGGUCACUAUUAGAGCUAUCUAUAAUUUCAAUUUGCCAUUUUAUAACUACUUUAUUUACAAAAUAAAAAUUAGUA